AUGGGGGACAUGAACAGCCAAGUGAACGAGACUCCGCGGAACUACUUUUCCCAGGCUACAUUUUCUAGUACAAGCGAAGUGGGCUUCGACUUUUCAUUUGACAACGCGUUCGUGAACAAUUCAGCUGAAAAUUACGGCUCAAGCUUUUGGGAAAACCAAGCAAAUAACAUGUCUGGAAACGAGGAUUCUAUGCUGAUUGACUUUGUAUCGGAACAUGCCGAAACCAGGAACUGCGAGCAGGAGCAAACGAUGGAAUGCGAUUUUGAUUGGAGCGCCAUCGGGGUUCAUGACAACCAGACAACCAUUCGCCCAAAUCAGCUGCUCCAGGGCCAAGCCGAAAAUGUGAUGCAGUGGGAAAAUAAUAAUGUGGAAGAACGCCCUUUGCAGCUGAUCCAGGGACAAAACCCAAAUGUUAUGCAGUGGGAAAACAACGUGGAAGAACGGUCUUUGCAGAUGAUGGUGGCGGAACCCUCGUACAGUAUGAUAUCGGGGGAGUCAUCAUUGGAAACACGGUCCAAGGAACUAGCUUUUCAGAAUAUGAUGGCUGAUCGCCCUUUGCAGAGGAUGAUAGAGGAUCCAUCGUACAACAUGAUAUCGGGGGAGCCAUCAUUGGAAACACGAACCAAGGAACUCGCUACAGAGAAUAUAAUGGCAGAACGCCCUUUGCAGAGAAUGGUGGAGGAACCCUCGUCUGAGAUAAUAUCGUUGGAGCCAUCAUUGCAAACCAAAUCCAAAGGAAUCGGUCUCCAGAACACAAUGGCAGAACGCCCUUUGGAGAAGAUCAUAGAGGUACCCUCUUACAAGAUUAUAUCGGGGGAGCCAUCAUUGGAAACACGAUCCAAUGAACUCGCUAUACAGAAUAUGAUGGCAGAACGCCCUUUGCAGAGAAUGGUGGAGGAACCCUCGUGUGAGAUAAUAUCGUUGGGGCCAUCAUUGAAAACCAAAUCCAAUGGAAUCGGUCUCCAGGACAUAAUGGCAGAACGCCCUUUGGAGACGAUCAUAUCGGGGGAGCCACCAUUGGAAACAAAAUCCAAAGGCGUCGCUUUCCAGAAUUUAACUGAAGAACGCCCUAUUCAACGAAUGGUGAAGAAACCCUUGAUUAACAUAAUAUCAGGGAAGGCACCAUUAUACAGAAGAUCCAAGAAAGCCGCUCGUCGGAAUAUUAAAGAAGAACGCCCUUUGCAGAGGAUGGUGGAAGAACCAUCGUACAAGAUAACAUCAGGGGAGCCAACUUUGGAAACAAGAUCUGAAGAGCUCGCUUUCCAGAGUUAUAGAGCAGAAAGCCCUUCGCAGCGCAUGGUGCAGGAACCUCCGUCCAAUAAAGUAUCAGGGGAAACCAAAUCGAAAGAGCAAGCAUUUCAAAACAUAAUGGCAGAACGCCCUUUGCAGAGGAUGGUGGAGGAUCCCUCUUACAAUAAUAUAUCAGGGGAACCACUAACUAAAUCGAAAGAGCAAGCAUUCCAAAACAUAUUGGCAGAACGCCCUUUGCAGAUAAUGGUGGAGGAUCCCUCUUACAAUAAUAUAUCAGGGGAACCACCAACCAAAUCGAAAGAGCAAGCAUUCCAAAACAUAUUGGCAGAACGCCCUUUGGAGAUAAUGGUGGAGGAUCCCUCUAACAAUAAUAUAUCAGGGGAACCACCAACCAAAUCGAAAGAGCAAGCAUUUCAAAACAUAAUGGCAGAACGCCCUUUGCAGAGGAUGGUGGAGGAUCCCUCUUACAAUAAUAUAUCAGGGGAACCACCAACCAAAUCGAAAGAGCAAGCAUUCCAAAACAUAUUGGCGGAACGCCCUUUGCAGAUAAUGGUGAAGGAUCCCUCUUACAAUAAUAUAUCAGGGGAACCACCAACCAAAUCGAAAGAGCAAGCAUUCCAAAACAUAUUGGCAGAACGCCCUUUGCAGAUAAUGGUGGAGGAUCCCUCUUACAAUAAUAUAUCAGGGGAACCACCAACCAAAUCGAAAGAGCAAGCGUUCCAAAACAUAUUGGCAGAACGCCCUUUGCAGAUAAUGGUGGAGGAUCCCUCUUACAAUAAUAUAUCAGGGGAACCACCAACCAAAUCGAAAGAGCAAGCAUUCCAAAACAUAAUGGCAGAAAGCCCUUUGCAGAGGGUGGUGGAGGAUCCUUCUUACAAUAAUAUAUCAGGGGAACCACCAACCAAAUCGAAAGAGCAAGCAUUUCAAAACAUAAUGGCAGAACGCCCUUUGCAGAGGAUGGUGGAGGAUCCCUCUUACAAUAAUAUAUCAGGGGAACCACCAACCAAAUCGAAAGAGCAAGCAUUCCAAAACAUAUUGGCGGAACGCCCUUUGCAGAUAAUGGUGAAGGAUCCCUCUUACAAUAAUAUAUCAGGGGAACCACCAACCAAAUCGAAAGAGCAAGCAUUCCAAAACAUAUUGGCAGAACGCCCUUUGCAGAUAAUGGUGGAGGAUCCCUCUUACAAUAAUAUAUCAGGGGAACCACCAACCAAAUCGAAAGAGCAAGCAUUCCAAAACAUAAUGGCAGAAAGCCCUUUGCAGAGGGUGGUGGAGGAUCCUUCUUACAAUAAUAUAUCAGGGGAACCACCAACCAAAUCGAAAGAGCAAGCAUUCCAAAACAUAAUGGCAGAGCGCCCUUUGCAGAGGAUGGUGGAGGAUCCCUCUUACAAUAAUAUAUCAGGGGAACCACCAUUGGAAACCGAAUCCAAAGAAAAAGUGUUCCAGAAGAUAAUGGCAGAACGCCCUUUGCAGAGGAUGGUGAUGGAACCCUCUUACAAUAUUAUAUCCGGAGACCCACCAUUAGAAAGUAGAUCCAACGAGCUCGCUUUGCAGAAUAUAAUGACAGAUCCAUCACCAGUGACAGUGGAGGAAAAUCAAAAUCCAGAGCCUCCCGCAUCGCACGAUUCCGGUUUACCAGAUCCCUCAGAAAUGUUGCCGCUUCUGGAUUCCAUGCCCACCGAGAACGACGAAAGUCUAGUGAGGGGAAUAAGUGAAUGGUGGGAUUAUUUAAGUGAUUCAGAUUCAGGAAACCAAGAAUAUCAGAGAAGUGGAGUAUUUACGGCCAAUCCAAAUGAAUCGCAAGCUCAGUCAUACACCGAAUAUGGUUUCAAUACAAUUGUUAAUACAACCAACACAAAUUGUAUUAAUACGAUUUCGGUAAGUUAUACCAGGACUAUCAGUGCUCCGUCCAAGCCAACCAGAGGAAAAUUUGUCAAGGCAAGAAAUCCCAGGCCCAAAAAGGAGCCGGCUAAGAGGAACUGGGCGGCUCCAGCUAAACCCAGUAUUUCUCAGCUAAGGAGAGAGGCUGCCAAGAGAGAGAGGUUGGCGAACAGGCCUCCAAAAAAACCGAGAAAAACCAAACAGGCGGCCAAGGCAUCUUUAGAUACAAAUCCAGGCCAAAAUCCGGAUCCUGCUGACCCAUCUCAGCCCAGCACUUCUGCGGCAACCAAACCUCCAAAGCGAACUUAUACUAAAAGAGCCAAUAAUGCAAAUAUAUCGAAAUUCGAUUUUAAUACCGAGACUACUGUAGAAGCAAAUCGGCCAACAGAAGCUGUAGGGCCUUUUGAAGUAUCGCCCGUAAUACCGACAAUUCCAAUAGAUCCUAAUAUUCCAACUCCAACUGUACGGUCGAUCGGCAAGACGAUCAAACCAAGAGCCCCUAGGCGAAAAAAGGCUCCUCUUAUACCACCAGAAGGAUCAGAUGAAACCGUACCACCAGAACCUAAAACCAAGGCACCACCUAAGCCUAGGGCCCCUCGAAAGCCUCGACAGACUAAGGCGUCUUUGAAAAAACAACAGGAGGAAGAGGCACUCAGGCUGCUUAUGCCACCGCCAGCGCCAAUGGAACCCAUACCCACAGGGAUGCCAAUGGAACCCAUUCCCUUAGGGGUGCCAAUGGAAUCCAUUCCAAGACCUAUAGAAAACAGCGCCACGAAAGAGCUAAUGGAAUCAAAAACUGUGUCUCCGAUUAGGAUUCGAAUGUCUGUUCCUGGGCAGUACAUCAGUCCAGAACAGAGGACACCGCAAUCUUGGGAAAAAGUCCAGAGCUCGCCGAUCAAACCAUUUGCUGCUAAUAACAGAGCCACUCCAAGGGUUCCAAGUCGGGGGAAGACCAUGAAAAAUUUGAUGUCAGUGUUAAAUAAAAAAACCCCCCCAAGAUUUCCGUCAGAUUCGCCAGAUUAUUUGGAUUUCCCAGAGUUAUCACAUCCAAUGGCUGACACAGUUAUUUUAGAAAAAUCGAUUACGCCCCUGAACGAGAACCCAAAAGAUCGCUUCAUAUCAAGAUCCCGACCUGUAUCUGUAUCAAGCUCUUCAUCCGGAUCUAGCGGGUCUUCCAGGUCCUCCUCAUCGUCUUCUAGUUCUUCGGGAUCAUCCAGUUCGGGAUCAUCCAGUUCGGGAUCUUCUAGUUCGGGAUCUUCCAGUUCGGGAUCUUCCAGUUCGGGAUCUUCCAGUUCGGGAUCUUCCAGUUCGGGAUCUUCCAGUUCAGGAUCUUCCAGUUCAGGAUCUUCUAGUUCCGCAUCUUCCUGUUCAUCAUGUUCAAAAAAACUGAAGAAGAAAAAGCCAAAAUUACAGAAACCGGAUCCACCGCUACAAUCUUCCUCACAAAUUUAUAUCGGUUUGGGUCAACGAACUAAUUUGGAGUCAUCACCGCCACCGAUGACGUACGUGCAAAAUCUACAUCCACCACUAAAAUCUUCCUCACAAAUAAAUACCGGUUGGAAUCAACCUACUAAUUUGGAGUCACCAUCGCCAUCGAUGUCACACGUGCAGAAAUCGAAUCCACCACUGAAAUCUUCAUCACAAAUAAAUACCGGAUUGGAUCAACCAAUUAAUUUGAAGUCAUCAUCGCCACCGAGGAUGCCUGUGCAGAGUUCAGAUCCACCACUGGAAUCUUUCUCAGGAAUAAAUACCGAUUUGGGUCAACCAACUAAUUUGGAGUCACCAUCGCCACCGAGGACUCCCUGCACGAAUUCACUAGCAUUUGAAGAUCUUCUGAAAGCUCUGGGAAGCGAAACCUUUACGAUGUUAUCGCCGAUUCCCAGCCCACCAUUUGAUGCUUUGGAGCAAGAAGAAGAUAUGAUUCCAUCACCUCCAUUAUAUGAACCAUACACUGGUGGCAGGGAUAGGGAGAGAACUCAAAUGCAAACUGGAGUAUCGAUGACACAGCUGCAUCUUAUUAUGGAAAUGCAAAUCGAAAAUUCAGCAGAACAAAAUGGUGCUCAAGUAACUAAUUGGAAUCUCAUACAACACGCAACUCAGGUGACAUCUUUUCAAUCUGAAGCUUCGGUAUCAACCAAUGAACCAGAUGUUAGCUCCUAUGAUCCAAAGCGGUUUGAAUCUAAACAAUAUGUGAAUCAAACCUUUACGCAGCAGACUCAAGAAUAUAUUCAAAAGCCACUUAACAUGCCAAGGCCAGUCAAAACUAGGAAUGUAGCCGGAAAUUCUGAAGUAUCGAAAGCAACUAAUAAACCAGAUGUUAGCUCCUAUGAUCCAAAGCGGUUUGAAUCUAAUCAAUAUGUGAAUCAAACCUUUACGCAGCAGACUCAAGAAAAUAUUCAAAAGCCACUUAACAUGCCAAGGCCAGUCAAAACUAGGAAUGUAGCCGGAAAUUCUGAAGUAUCGAAAGCAACUAAUAAACCAGAUGUUAGCUCCUAUGAUCCAAAGCGGUUUGAAUCUUACGUGAAACCCUGCGGUCCUAAUAUUUCAAGACCAAAUAUACCGCGCCAUACUCCUUUAGCACAAGUCCCCAAACCGGAAAAAUCGACGCCUCAAAAACUGAGUGAUGAAAUGAAAUAUGUGGACCAAAGCAUUAAGAACAUAGCUGGAAAACGUAUUUUAAGGCCCUCUAGAAUUCCAAGGCCAAUCAAAGGAUAUUUCUCCAGGAAAUUUAAAGUGUCGAAAUCAACCAAUACUCCACGUGAUAGCUUCUUUAAUCCAAAACGGCUUGAGUCUAACGUGGAACCCUCAAGUCCUAAUAAUUCUAGGCCAUAUACUCCAUUUACACCUAUGGCAGAACCGGCUCUUCAAAAACUGAUCGAUAAAACGGAAUAUUUAGAUCGCAAUUUUCAGGAGCAGGCUCAAAUACCUAUUCAAGAGCCCUUUAAAAAGCCCAACCCAGUCGAGACUAAAUGCAAAUCCGUUUCGACCCAUCAACCAGAUGUUGUCUCCUAUGAUACCAAUAUUUUUGAGACUUACGUGAAUCUCUGUAGUCCUAUAGAGCUCAGCGAUUCGGAACUGAUGGACAAUCUGGUAAAGCCGACGGCUCCAAAAAAUACAAAUGAAACCGAAAAUAAAGAUCCAAUUGUCCAAGAACACAUGGUGCAAGAGCCGGAGGAAAAAUCUUUGAAAGGGGGUUCCCCAGCAACACGUGAUUUGAUGAAUAUUUUGACCAAUCAGACUAAAAAACAAUCCUACGCACAAGUGCUUAUCGAAAGACCUUUGGAAGAACCCAAAUUCGAAACCCUGCAGUCCCACAACUUCCACACCAGCAAAACGAAGGUAUACGAAAAAUAA